AAAUGGAAUAUGGAACAUGAUAAUAUAUCCAUUGAUGAAGUCAACCCUUUUAAUAGUACACAUAAAUUGUUAAAUACCAACCUUUCUAUAGAAAUAAGUAGUGAUAUGACCCCUAGAUCUAAUAUGGAUAUUAGUGGUACUAAUACAUAUACUUAUUUGGAUAAUAUGGAUUCGUUCGAAAAUGGUAGUGAUGAAAAUUUAUGA